AUGAUCGUGUACUCUGGGCUGAAUUACCGUAGGGAAAUAUUUCCAUGGAAUUUUGCCAAAACUAACCAGGAAUUCGUGAGGAUCACCAACGAUUUACGAGCGAUUGGCGGAACCACCAACACGAAAAAGGCUCUUGAAGUAGGAAUCCAGUUGCUGAACCAACGGAAUACAAGCAUUCCAACACUUGUUUUGGUGGUAACAGACGGAAGGUCUGCGGAUGACCCCAAAGGGCCAGGACAAGAAAUUCAACGCAUGUCGAACACGUGGGUGUUUGCCGCUGCCACCGGAGAUCCGGAAAAAGUCGACAGGCGAGAACUGCUCGACAUUACUGGAAACAUCAACCACAUAGUACUUCAUCGAGGACGUGAACUCGCCACGGACAUCACCAGGCGGCUGCUACGUCAAGCGCAGGCAAGAUGUGAGAUGGAUCUGGUGCUUAUACUCGACUUUUCGACCACAACUGAUCCUGUUUAUAGAUUUUACAAGGAAAUGUCGCAGAGACUAGUUCGCGCUCUUCGGAUUGGUCCUCACCAUACGCAGGUAGCAGUAGUGACCUUUGCAAACGUCGGUCGAACCAGAACAAAAUUCAACUUGAAGCGAUUCAAGACCCAGGACGAGGUCCUUAACGCUAUCGCAGGACUGGAAAGCCAUGGAGGAACAACAGCUAUAGGGGAAGCAAUCAGGGAAGGUGCCAAGCAAUCAAAUGAAAGGGAAGGAGCAAGACCUGGCAUUGCUACGAAGGUGAUGGUUGUGUUUACUGACGGCUGGAGUAAUAAAGGACCUGAACCAGAGGUGACCGCUAAGGAAGCUGCUGCAAUGGGCUACGAGAUCUACUCUGUCUCUUACACG